AUGGAGACGUCUCAAUCACAAGGCACAGACAGCAGUAACUUGGACCGGUGGUUUACAGCAGUUGCCGAGCGGCAGUACAACUUUAUCAUAGCAGAGCUGCCGACUUUCAAGUGCUCCAAGAAUGCUCACGGUAACACAGCACUAAUAGAGGCAGUCUUCCUUGCAGACGAACCUGCAGUUCAAAUUCUUGCUGCACAUGAGUUUGGCUGUAGAAGCGAUAAUGGAAAGACCGCUCUUGAAGUUGCUUAUGAGGUCGGCUUUGUAAGAGCGUGCGACAUUCUUGCUCAGUUUGAGAUGGAAGCCCUACAUGCGCGUGGAAUUUUCCUUUGCCACAGAGCUGUAUCUGAUGGAAACCUUCCUAUGGUGAGAUCUCUUUCACCUUUUUCCAUCAACAUCGUCCAGCCUACUACGAACCAAACCGCACUGGACUUAGCAAUUCGCUUGCCAAGCUCUGACGCAAUUAUUGAGGAACUGGUGAAUAUCUCUGCCAUAAGCCUAGAGACGCUUGAUCAGGCUUGUAAAACAGCCAGCGAGACUCGAAAAGUCCAUGGAGAUCGAUCAAUAUUAGAGCUCCUGCUCAUAUUUCGCAACAAAAAGGAAGCGAAUGCAUGCCAACGCUGCGGAUGUUUACGAAAGCAACUUAUUUAUUUGUCAUCCCAGUUUCAUAGGCUCUAUUCCAAUUUCAGUAACCCAUCGAAGGGCGCACAGUCAAGGAGUAACAAUAGCUCUCGAAGUUCAAGCGUAGAAGAAGACCUUGCAGGACGGCAACGGAAGCCACAAAGACAUCGGGGCAAAGGGCUUGGUGCAAAGCUUAGUAAUCAGGUUUCUGGUGAUGCAAAAGAGCACAGCACAUCAGACGGCUCAGAGCAUGGAGCGGUUCUGUCCUUUUCUUUGACGCGAGGCUUUGAAAAGCUACGCAGCAUGCUUCCCAACGCUUCAUUUGACCUAAACAUUGACGAUAAAGUGCUCACUGAACUGCUACACUUGUCUAGAACCAUGAGAAGGGAGAUCUCCUCAUUGCGAGAAGACAUAGCUCGUAAAAACGAGACUAUAGCACAGCUACAGAGAGAGCUAGGGACUGACAAAACCGACAAACCCGAGUCGUAUACUGAUGGAAAGGAGGAAGAAGAGAUAGAAAUUAUUCUUAGACCUCACAGUGGGCGCAGCUGCGCAUGCAGUGGAGAGACCAGGGGAGCAACUCCGAAGGAAAUUGUGGACACACUAGAAUCCAAAGGUUCAAAGAAGUCAGCGGGAAAUACAACCAGUUCUGUGACUGAGUCCAAUAAUAAGCUUUUAGAAGAAGCCAUUGCAGCUAUAAAAGCGAAGGAUUUGUAUAUAAAUUCUCUUCUCGAUGAAAACGACAGUUUGAAGAAAGGUGCUGCUGAACUAGAUACUAGUUCCUAUCAAGAGAUGAUCACGUCUCAGCAGGAACAGAUAACCCAUCUUAUAGAUUUGCUAUACCAAUCCAAGGCAGCGCUCGAGAAAAUGAGUGAGGUCGAGGUGCGUUGUAGCACACUGGAAGACGACAAUUCUCUCCUCCGUCAACGGAUACAAUGUUUGGAAAAAGCACCACAACAAGACGUGCAUCGGGCCUCUGUUGUUCAUAAAGGGGUAUCUGCUAUAGAAUCAAGUUCCAGCUCUCGACACACUAACUCUUUGAAUAAUCCGGCAGCAGAGCGCAUACAGCAUUUAGAAGCUACCAUAAGGUCUCUGUGUACUGAACUGGACCGUCAAAAGCUGCGUGCACGGGAGUUCGAGAAUGAUAUGCAGACACUGGCUGCUGCUAGAUCCCACACAGAGAUGCUUAAGGAAAAAGUGCUGUGCCAACAGGACGAGAUUAAGCGUCUUAACGAGGUGAUUGGGGUACAGCAGAAUUACUUGGAACUAAAAGAGAUAGAACUUACGAAGAUGACCAAAAGCCUCGAAGAGUUGGCUUUGAGCACAGAGAAGAAUAACGAGAGUAAGGAGCGCUCGGUCUGUGAAUCUAGCGCAGAUCCAAGGCGUGCUUUUGGAUGUGAAGACUUGAAGGCAGCCAUACCAAGUGAUUCGCCGAGUGCUCCGCGCAGACUUUUACGGCGUGCAAACUCCUCACGUCCAGCAACGAGUAACGCAGGAGAGUCCAGACAAAGGCGUGAAGAAUCGAUACACGUAGCCGUGGACGGUUCUACUCGAAGUGGACGUGCACUAAGCGCCUCUGUGGGCCAUCGACAGACGAGCUCAGACAUGACACUCUAUGACCUGGAGUCUACUCCGACCCCAGUCCAGCGCCUACAUAACCAGGAAGUGUCGAGUGAGCUUGUCAAGGAAAUGGUGCACUCAGUGAUGCAGAGUAGCCCUAGUCUCAAGAUACAGCACCCAGGAAACCAGAGCUCCCUACUCCCCACUCCCUCGUCUGCUAGCCACGCGAAGCCUCCAUCACUUGUGCGAGGAGCCCCAGAACUACAACGAAGCAGCUUACAAACACCACGCCAACGAAGAAUCAGCAACAAGCAACAAGUGGUGGCAAUAGCGGCGUCUAGCGCGGCAAACAUUGCUGCAGCGCGUCAGGCACUCGGUAUGUCAACGCCGACCACCAUUGUCACUGAUGCUGCACGCCCUCCCAGUCAGGGUGUGAGUCGAUCUACUGGUUCAAUUAAUCGUGGAGGAUUAACCAAACUUAUGUCUGCAGCUAUAAGAGGCGACCUAGUGACAGCUAAAGCCUAUUUGAAGCAGGACGUUGGGCUCCAAGAUGUUGAAGGAAGGUCAGCUUUGUUUUACGCUACGCUCCACAACCAUCCGAGCAUUGUCAGAGAACUUGUUUCACGAGAGGCUCUUCUGUCAACAAAUAGAAAAUACAAGGAUGGAGCAGGCGUCACGGCUUUAAUGGUUGCUGCCCAGGAAGGCCACAAGGAGUGCAUCAAAUUGCUGUAUCGUGCUGAGAAAGAUUGCAGAACAGUAAGAGGAAAAGGUUGCAUUGAUUUUGCCAAGAAUGAUCUCGUCGUCAGGUUCAUCCAGGGAUUGGCAGUAAAGCAAAAAUACUGA